GGUUGGACCGCAUUCCAGGCCAGAGCUAGAUGCAGCUGUAAUAUUUCGCUAGAUGCGGCUUUCCAUCCUGACACAUCCCAUUCCUGGUCGUUAUAUUUCGCUCCCUAGAAUGUAUUAGCGACGGGGGUGAAGGCAUUAACCGCUUCUAUCUACCCUCUGUCGUCUCCCGACUCGACUCAACAAGAACAAAAACGAGCGCAUGAGUCUCUGACGUCCGUCGUUCGCACCCGUCGUUCGCCCUUCGGCCGCAUCCGAUCCGUCCAGGCUGUUCGCCCGAUAGCCUUUCGCCGGCAUCUUAGCCUCAUCAGCGUCGCCGGUAGCGACGGACGUCUCCUUCCGUUUUGGUUCUAGGUUUAGAGUUAAGCCUAGACAGUGUCUCGGGCUUUCUCGAUUCCCUCCUCGUAGCCUCACCUCCGUCUCCGGUAGCAACGGCCGUCUGCUGUUGCCUCUCUCCUCGUAGCCUCAUGCUGCUGUUGAGGAAUCGAGGUUGCCCGACACUCUGGCCUCUCUCCUCGUGACUCCCGGUUUAGAAUUGCGAUAGACUAGAGCGUCAGGCAACCUCGAUUUCUCUCUAGCCGAGAUCGUCAAACGAAUCGGUUACAGCUGUAACUACCAUAUGAGUUGUAACCAUCAUACAAUUCGUCAGGCUGACGAUCUAUAAUGAUUAAACGAGUUGUAUUGUCAGAGUAGCUAUAGAAAUAUAUGUGGCAGGAACCACUUGACAUUGUAACCCACAGAAUCACACCACAAGUUGUUGGCGUCAGGCGAGCUGUAACCGUCAGGCGAGCUGUAACCACUAGACAAGCCGAAGAGCAGCCAAGCUAGCAUCAGGAGGGUUCGGGUCCAGCAGGCAUGGCGGCAUGGCUGAUGCGGCUGAAAUACAAGCUCCAGAAGGUUAACUUGUACAGCUUCGUGCUUGAGGACAUCUACAUGAAGAAGAGCCAGGGAAGGCGGCCCCCCUACUUCAAUAUGGUAGCAGCUCUAUCCAAAAUUCUGGACAGCGAGUCGUCUUAUCUAACCGCGCUCAAGCCAUCAGCGCUGGGCGGCGAGUCCAUGAGGCCGACUAUAAGGGGGACCAAGGACGAGUGGGUGCUCUUCCGGUAUCUGCCGCCGACUCGUUGGCAUCCCAUUUUCGUCGGAGAUGUUGUGGCGUUGAGCCCUGAUCCCCCUUCUUUCGCCGCCAACUCGGCCAGUCCGUCUCCCAACGACGCCGCCAGCCCAGCCAGUCAGCUCCCCGGCAACGCCGCCAACCCAGCCAGUCCCGAGGCAGAAGCAGCACCCGCACCAGUCCCCUUUGUUUUCCGGCGAGUGGCAGCCGUAGCUGGAGACGAGAUGGUGUCAUCUCAGCCGUCGGAUGAGCCGGUUCGGAUAGAGAGAAAUCACUUUUGGCUACUUGCUGACAACCCUGCUGUUCCUGCAAAGGAGGCUCUAGACAGCCGCACCAUUGGCCCCGUGCACAUAAGAGACAUAGUGGGAAGGGCACUGUAUGUGGUGCGCUCGGCUGUGGAUCAUGAGCCCAUACAGAACAGUGACCAAGCCACCAUAGAUGAUGCACCUACAAUGGCAAUGGAGUGUAAUAUAGAGCAGCUAUUGGAGAGAAUUAAGGAAGAACAAUUAGGUUUAUGAUGUGUUCGUUUAGUGAAGAUGGUUGACGCUUUUCAGUGAGAAGACUCUGCUGCUCACCCUUCAGUAUCGACGCUAUUGCUCUUAUUACGGCGCACAGUGGCUACUUCU